AUGGCCAACACCUGCUGCCCCAGGACUUGCGUUAUUACUGCAUCUACCCUGUCCGUCUCCUCCAGCAACCGGAGCUGUGGCAGCCGGGCCUGCUCACCCAGUGCUUGCACCAGCCCCUCCUGGCAAGUGGACAGAUGCCAGGAGAGCAGCUGCGAGACCCCCUGCUGUGCCCCCAGCUGCUGCCAGUCCAGCUGCUGCGCCCCGGCCCCUUGCCUGACCCUCGUCUGCAUCCCCGUGAGCUGCUGCGGGUGCAGCCCCUGCCAAUCAGCCUGCACCAGCCCGUGCACACCCUCCUGCUGCCAGCUGUCUAGCUGCCAGCCCUCCUGCUGUACCUCCUCCCCGUGCCAGCAGGCCUGCUGCGUGCCUGUCUGCUGUAAGUCCAUGUGUUGCAACCUUGUGUGCUGUGUGCCUGUCUGCUCUGGGGCGGCCCCCUGCCCAGCGCCCCUGUGCUACCAGUCCACCCCCUGCCCCCCGUCCUGCUGCAGACCCUCUUCCUGCGUGUCAAUCACAUGCUGCCCCAUGUGCAGGCCCGCCUACUGUGCCCCCGCCUCCCCCUGCCAGCCCAGCUGCUGCCGCCCAGCCUCCUGCAUGUCCCUACUCUGCCGCCCCACGUGCGCCCGCCCUGCCUGCUGCUGACCCACCCAAUCCCCAGGCCAGCCGGGCUCAGGCCCACCCUGGGACUGGCCCUCCGAGCCUCCCCUCAGUCUGGUCCUGACCUGUGUUAGGCGGCUGCCUGCCUCAGGACGGGGUCACCCACAGUGUCCACCAUCCUGACCUGACCUCUGACCCCUGCCUCCCAGGAGGCACCUCCGCCACCUCUGGGUCACCUGUCCUUC